UUCACAAUCAUGCGGUUGGUUUCAAAAUUGUAUUGCUGAAAAUUAAACAUUAUUCUCGAAAUCUUUUAAUUUGAUCUUAAAAUAAUUAGAAAUGGCUUCUAACGAUUCAAAAGUUGAAGAACUGGCAGCGGGGCACACUAUAUUGGAAAAGAUAAAUGCCAUUAGUGAUACUGUAAUUACUAAGGCUCCAGAUAUAAAUGAUUUCACAAUUGUGAAGCCUAUCAGUCGAGGAGCAUUUGGCAAGGUGUUUCUGGCGCACAAGAAAAACAACAAAGAGCUUAUGUAUGCCAUUAAAGUUAUGAAGAAAUCUGAUAUGAUAAAUAAAAAUAUGGUAACACAAGUGGUUACAGAGAGGAAUGCUUUGGCUUUAUCAAGGAGUCCAUUUUGUGUUCAUUUGUUUUAUUCACUGCAGUCAGUGUCUUCUGUGUAUCUGGUCAUGGAGUACAUGGUAGGUGGUGAUCUGAAGUCACUGCUAGGAAUGUAUGGGUUUCUCGAAGAGGCCAUGGCUGUGUUCUACAUAGCAGAAGUGACUUUAGCUUUGGAUUACUUGCACAAGCACAAUAUCAUACACAGAGAUUUGAAACCGGACAACAUGCUGAUUGCUAAAAGUGGUCAUGUUAAGUUGACAGACUUUGGUCUGUCUAGGAUUGAGAUCCAUAGAGACUUGGAAAUCUCUGAUUUUGUGAAUAGAACUCCGAGCCUUAACUUGAGAACUCCUGGGCAGUUGCAGUCUCUGACGUCACACCUGUCAUUCGGCUCGGGCGGAGACAGGGACAGUACAUAUAAUUCAGCUACGUCUGUGGAACCCUGUGAGAACCUCAUUGAUGAACUAAAAGAGACGUGUAAAUCUAAAGGGCUGUUUGGUGAAGUAGGAGACUUGAAGACUGGGAUCCUGGACCACUCUCAGCUCUCCGGCAUUCAUCCCUUUAUGAGUGCUGAGAGCAUCCAUUUGGAUGAUGUGAUUUCGCAGGACUCAGGAUCGGAAUCAUUAAGCUCUUACCACACGUGCGAGAGCUCAAAAACAGAUUCCUCCAGAGACAAUAAGUCAACAGAUAUAAGCAGCAACACUGCAUCAUCAAUGGAAGAGUCAAUCGUUUCUGCUGAUUCCCAACAUGACCAGUCGACGUCACCUUUGUGUAGGGGACACUCUUUGAAAAGAAUACCUAGUUUCAGAGCAAAGAAAAGAAAAAGAAUCUUGGAUGUAGAUGGCGACACGCCAACGGGUGUGAUGAGCCUCGCGGAUUCCAAGGAGAACCACAGUGGGCUCACACAAGAGAUCAUGGCGCUGGAAGUUAGCCAGAACACGCCUAAACGGAUGUCCAUACAUCCCACGCCAGAGCGGCGCAAGAACCCGAUCAAAGGGGUUUUAAAAAAGAGAUGGGCGUCUCAAAACGACAGCUAUAAUUUCAACGUAGGCGUAAUAUUUUCAACACCAGUUGCGAAUGAGCAAUCACCGGAUGGGAAAAAGAAGCAGAAAGCCACGCGAUUCAAUUUACCCAAGGACGAUCAACCAAUGUCGGGCAUUAAGGAGAAAUCUAUCGUGUUCAGUAAACAUAUAUCAACUAGUUUAGAAAUAUUUCCUACUCGGAGAAUGAGCAAGGGUGAAGGAAGUCGGUCGCCCACAGAGUGCAAAACGCCCCUAGCAACAGCCCAGACCCCGUACCGGACACCCAAGAGUGUGAGGCGCGGGAAUCAGGUGUCUGAUCAACGGAUUCUAGGAACACCAGAUUAUUUGGCUCCUGAGCUUUUAUUGAAACAGGGCCACGGGCCUCAAGUGGACUGGUGGGCGCUGGGCGUGUGUCUGUACGAGUUCAUGACCGGCGUGCCGCCGUUCAACGAUGAGACGCCGCAAGCUGUGUUCAAGAACAUUCUGUCCAGAAAUCUUGAAUGGCCCGAAGGCGAAGAAGCGUUAUCAGAAGAGGCAAUGGGUGCGGUAGAAGCGCUUCUAACCAUGGAACCCUCGGACCGGCCCGCAGCCUCAGCCGUCAAGAAUAUGGCUCUGUUCAGGGCCGUGAAUUGGGACAACCAACUCAACGCUGAACCUCCCUUUGUGCCUACUCCUGAUGACUUGCAUGAUACUGGAUAUUUUCAAGCCCGCAAUAUAUUGCAGCAACUGCACGUGUCCAACUUCGACAUGUAAUAGUGAGUGUUAGUGUAAUUGAACGUUGGUAACUGAAAAGCAAGGACUAGCAAACAUUGUAGUGUCAAAUGUUUCCAACGAUGAUGAAUUAGCGCUGC